UAGCCAGUUCCUCGCGGUCUUUCGGCCGGUUAGUAUCGUUUUCUUAGUAGCUUUCUUCGUUUAGCCGUAGUAUCGUUUCAGUUGUCGCUGCCAAUUGUUUGCGGGUUCACAGUGAAAGUUUUCUGGGGCGCACAGAAGCGUGGAGCACUCGAUAUGUCGGAUGUCGUUGGUUAAAUAAUUGGAUAACAUUUAAAUUGCCUUCAAAAUGGGGGCCAUGUUCAGGAGCGAGCAGAUGGCCCUCUGCCAAAUGUUUAUUCAACCAGAGUCAGCCUAUCUUUCCGUUUCUGAACUCGGGGAAACGGGUACAGUACAAUUUCGUGACCUGAACAGCGAUGUGAAUUACUUCCAACGAAAGUUCGUAAACGAAGUUCGUCGAUGCGACGAGAUGGAACGGAAGCUCCGAUACAUCGAGGCGGAAGUGAGAAAGGACGAGGUAUCCAUCGCUGACAAUCUCACGGAAUUGCCACGGGCGCCCAAUCCGCGUGCAAUUAUUGACCUCGAGGCUAACCUCGAGAAGACGAGUAACGACAUACUAGAGCUGAGCCAAAACGCGGUGAACCUGAAGAGCAACUAUCUGGAGUUGACGGAAUUACGGCACGUGCUCGAGAAAACGCAAGUGUUUUUCAUGGAGGAAGAGGCCAAUGACUCGAUUACCAGGACGCUAAUUAACGAGGAAGCACCGAAUCCGAGCGCGGCUGGUCGAGGACGUCUCGAAUUCGUUGCUGGGGUAAUUAAUCGAGAACGAGUGCCUGCUUUCGAACGAAUGUUGUGGCGAAUAUGCCGUGGAAACGUAUUUUUACGUCAAGCUGAACUGGAGAAGCCAUUGGAGGAUCCAGCUACUGGUAACAAGAUGUACAAAACUGCCUUCGUCGCGUUUUUCCAAGGGGAACAGCUGAAAAGUCGUAUCAAGAAAGUUUGCAGUGGUUUUCAUGCGUCGCUAUACCCGUGUCCGCACAGUCAUGCAGAACGCGAGGAAAUGGUAAAAGGCGUUCGCACAAGAUUGGAGGAUUUAAAUUUGGUUUUGAACCAAACGCAAGAUCAUCGUCAACGCGUGCUACAUAACGUGGCUAAAGAACUGCCGAACUGGAGUAUCAUGGUCAGAAAGAUGAAAGCAAUUUAUCACACGAUGAACUUAUUCAAUAUGGACGUUUCGAAAAAGUGCCUAAUCGGGGAAUGCUGGGUGCCUGUGGCGGACCUUGGAGUUGUUAGAGAUUGUCUCACCGAAGGAUCGCGUCUCUGUGGUAGUUCAAUACCAUCUUUUCUGAACGUUAUCUACACGAACGAGGAUCCUCCGACGUUCAACAGGACAAACAAGUUUACGAGAGGUUUUCAAAAUUUGAUCGACGCCUAUGGCGUGGCGUCCUACCGCGAGGCUAACCCGGCCCUUUACACAAUUAUCACUUUCCCAUUUCUGUUUAGCGUCAUGUUCGGCGAUUCUGGCCACGGUUUGAUUAUUACAUUGUUCGCUGCGUACAUGAUUCUAACGGAGAAGAAGUUUUCGGCGCGAAAAUCAUCCUCCGAAAUUUGGAAUAUAUUUUUCGCCGGUCGUUACAUUAUACUGCUAAUGGGUUUGUUUUCCAUUUACACUGGCCUCAUCUACAAUGACAUAUUCUCGAAGUCCAUUAACUUGUUCGGAUCUAGCUGGCAAAUUGGUAAAAUGAAAGUGGAAACCAUCAUGGAUAAUAGCGUGCUUCAGUUGGAUCCAGCUACAGAGGAAUAUAAACAAGUGCCUUAUCCGAUGGGUAUGGAUCCAGUUUGGGUGCAGGCAGAGAAUAAGAUUAUAUUCUUAAAUUCGUACAAAAUGAAAUUGUCGAUCAUCUUCGGUGUCGUGCACAUGAUUUUUGGUGUCUGCAUGAGUAUCGCCAAUAUUAUGUAUUUCAAGAAAUACCCGAGCUUCUUCCUUGAAUUCUUGCCACAACUGAUCUUCCUUGUUUUACUAUUUUUCUAUCUGGUGGUUUUGAUGUUUGUAAAGUGGGUUUUGUACGAUGCCGCCGCAGAAGAUAAGGAUACUUAUGGUCCAACGUGUGCUCCAUCAGUCUUGAUUACGUUUAUCAAUAUGAUAUUACGUGGCCAUACUAUCAUGCCAGGACGUUGUUCGGAGUACAUGUACCCUGGCCAAGCUACCGUACAACUCGUAUGUGUUAUAGUGGCGGUGUUGUGCAUACCUAUAAUGCUCUUUGGCAAACCAGUUUUCUUUUUGAUAUCGAAGAAGUUAAAGAAAAAGAAAUCGGACAAAAUUUUCAGUAAUGGAACCACGUCUCAGGAUAUCGAAUUGCAAUCGGAGACUCUGCAGCCCGUUUCCUCGAGCAACGAAGCAGCCAGCCAUGAUCACGAAGAGGAAUCAUUCGGCGAACUUAUGAUUCACCAAGCCAUUCAUACCAUAGAAUACGUUCUCUCCACGAUAUCUCACACUGCUUCGUAUUUACGUUUAUGGGCCUUGUCGUUGGCCCAUGGACAAUUGUCCGAGGUAUUGUGGACAAUGGUAUUACGCAAAGGUUUAGGCGCCUCGGAGAAUGAUUAUACGCAGAGCGUUGUUUUAUUCUGCCUCUUCGCCGCUUGGGCCUUCUUCACCCUUUCUAUUCUCGUCAUGAUGGAAGGGCUUUCAGCUUUCCUUCACACGCUUCGACUUCAUUGGGUGGAGUUUAUGAGCAAAUUCUACGAAGGCCAGGGUCACGCCUUUCAGCCAUUUUCCUUUAAGAGUAUUUUAGACACCGAGGAAAGCGAAGAUUGAGCCACCUUCGAUCAACAAUAUUUAUAAUACGUCUGUCGUGCUACGCGUUAAGACUUUGUUUUUAUUUUAUAAUCAACUCAAUUGUAUAAAGUAUCAAUCACAGAACUUGAUUAAUAACCAGAUAUUUUAAGAUUCGCGACACAGCCUUAAAUCCAAACUAUUUGUAAAGUCGUCGGGCAACAGUGUUCGGCGUAUGUCUUGUAAAUGCCACAGAAAUUUAUACUUGACCCUCAAUUUUGACAUCCUUUUUCGGAUGUACUUCGAACAAUGACCACCUUUGAUAUGCCAGUUUUUCAUGUCCUAGAAAUUUGUUCAAAUUAUCGCCUGAAACAUAGAAAUGUUCGAUGAAUCAUUACUUACAAUUUUACAAGUAUCAAGGUUCUUCUAUUGGUAAACAGUAUUGUAGCAAAUUGAAAGUGCCUGUCGUUCGAGGGACCAUCAUCACGGCAAUCUAACUGUUAAUAAUAAAAUUCGGAAGAAUAAUGAUAAAAGAAAGAUAUUUAUUGAAAAUCGUGUUACUGGAUAUAAGAAGAAAUUAGAAUGUAUCUAUAAUAACAAUAUAUUUUUGUUACUGGCGUACAAUUUGAUAUAACUUUUACAAUAAAUUUAAGUGUUAAUCUUCAGCAUUUUAUAAUAAUAUUGUGAUCGGGUAGAAAUUACAGAGUAUAUGUAGUUUCUCUCUGAACCUAAGUUUUUGUCAGAAUGGUAUUUAAAGAUGCAAUGUGCACAGAAUGAACAGUAUCGUCAUUAAAAUGAUGAAAAUAAUUUACAAUCUUCGGUAAUACGUUGCAAAAUAUGAAAUCUGAGAGAAGGGAUGGCGUAAAUGUACAUACUAUAUUGUUAGAGUACAAAUUGCUGUGCGUGAUUGGCAGAAAGUAUUCGUCCUUUAUCUAAUAAAGAAAGGUGUCAUUAAAGAUGUAUCCGAUACGUGUAGAUAUUAAUAUGACAUUGGAAAAGAGUGUGAUGCAAAUACACAUAUAUGGCUAUAUUUUGUCAACAUUGUAACAGUAAUUUGUUUAAAUACCCUUAUAACUUUUUUCUAUUUUCAAUAUCGUAUCACAUGAAAUGUCUGAAGGCCGCUUCAUUUACAUUGAUAAAAUGUGAACGAUUUUCGGAU